GGACGAUGGGCAGAACCUCUGGUCCUGUAUCCUCAGCGAGGUGUCCACACGCUCCAGGUCUAAACUGCCUUCGGGGAAAAACGUCCUGCUGCUAGACCACUUCAGCUGUACUGUGUGCAUGCCCCCAGACCUUAUGAGCUGCCUGCCUGCUGGCUUGCUCUUUCCCAUCAAAGUAUCCUUUAGCCUGCAGGAAGAUACUCUCUGGGCUGGGAAUCCAGAAAAUCAUAAAUGUUAUGCUGCAAUCUAGUUUCAUGAUCACAUACAUUGUUUUCUGGGAUUACUGAUUCAUUCAGUACACAAGAUAAUGAAUAUGCUCCCUCAAUCGCUGAAUACUAUCUCCAUUAUUUGCUAGUACACCUCUACCUCGAUAUAACGCUGUCCUUGGGAGCCAAAAAAUCUUACCGUGUUAUAGGUGAAACCGUGUUAUAUUGAACAUGCUUUGAUCCACCACAGUGCGCAACCCUCUCUCCCCCCGGAGCACUGCUUUACCAAGCUAUAUCCAAUUUUGUGUUAUAUCGGGUGUCAUAUCGAGGUAGCGGUGUACUGCAUCAGACGUACAUUCCAGAAUUAAGCUUUUGCCCCCAGGACAGACUUCAGGAAGUUUGUCCUGCAAUGAUAGUCAAAUAGUUUAAGCAAGUCCCAACUGAACCCUGUCAUGCUAUACUAAAUACACCAAUCUAGUAAAUUCAGCUCACAAUUGUUACCACAGAGGCAACGCUGUAGCACAGUGGUUUUCAACUUCUUCCAUACUACAGCCACCUCCCAUUUCCCAGUAUGGGAGAUGUGGGUUGAUUGCAACCUUGAGGUGGAGAACUCAUUCCAAGUAACUCUCCUUUGUGGGGAGAUUGAACAAGUACCAGGUCCAGUGCUGUAACAAGGGCGAGGCGAGUGAGGCACUUGCCUCGGGCGCCUAAAGCUGAGGGAUGCAGAAAGGCCCCAGAGUGUCCCUGCCAGAAUGAAAGCUGCUGCUGCCUUGGCAACAGGAUGCCAGCAGGCAGCUUCCGGCUGAGGCAGUUUCUGCACAUCAGGAGGGGGAGAGGAGGGGCACACAUGUGCUUCUCAGCCCUCCCCUCCCCCAGCACCCACCUGGAGGAGAUGCCUAGGGGGCUUCCAGUGAGAGUCAGGAUCAUCUGCAUCCAGUGGAUCUCACUCACCUGAGCAGCUUCUGGGGCUUUGGGGAAGAUGGUGCAGGAAAAACUAGCUUAAUAGGCAAACUUCAAGGAAUAGAAGAGUACAAGAAAGGAAGAGGAAUGGAAUACUUGUACUUAAAUGUGCAUGAUGAAGAUAGAGAUGAUCAAACUAGAUGUAAUGUGUGGAUUUUGGAUGGUGAUCUGUAUCAUAAAGGUCUCCUUAAAUUUGCAAUGGAAGCUAACUCUCUAAAGGACACUCUGGUUAUGCUGGUCAUAGACAUGUCUAGGCCUUGGACUGCAUUGGAUUCCUUACAAAAGUGGGCAAGUGUUGUAAGAGAGCAUAUUGACAAAUUAAAAAUUCCUCCUGAAGAAAUGAAAGAAAUGGAACAAAAGUUGGUAAGAGAUUUCCAGGAAUAUAUAGAACCAGGAGAGGAUUUUCCAGCUUCUCCACAGAGAAGAAAUACAUCAAUACAGGAAGACAAAGAUGACAGUGUGAUUUUGCCGUUGGGUGCAGAUACGCUAACAUGUAACUUAGGCAUUCCAGUAGUAGUAGUUUGCACAAAGUGUGAUGCCAUUAGUGUCCUGGAAAAAGAACAUGACUACAGAGAUGAACACUUUGACUUCAUUCAGUCACAUAUCCGACGGUUUUGUUUACAGUAUGGUGCAGCACUUAUUUACACUUCAGUAAAGGAAAACAAAAAUAUCGAUUUAGUGUAUAGAUAUAUUGUCCAGAAAUUAUAUGGAUUUCCUUUCAAUGUGUCUGCUGCUGUUGUGGAAAAAGAUGCAGUAUUUAUUCCUGCAGGAUGGGAUAAUGACAAGAAGAUAGGAAUAUUGCAUGAAAACUUUCAGACACUAAAAGCAGAUGACAGUUUUGAAGAUAUCAUAACAAAACCACCUGUCAGAAAGUUUGUGCAUGAAAAAGAAAUAGUAGCAGAAGACGAUCAAGUGUUUCUUAUGAAGCAGCAGUCUCUAUUAGCGAAACAGCCACCUACUGCAGCUGGAAGGCCAGUGGAUGCUUCGCCAAGAGUUCCCGGAGGCUCCCCUAGGACACCAAACAGAUCAGUAACAUCCAACGUGGCCAGUGUCACACCUAUCCCUACUGGCUCAAAAAAAAUUGAUCCUAAUAUGAAAGCUGGAGCCACAAGCGAAGGCGUCCUAGCUAACUUCUUCAACAGUUUGCUGAGUAAAAAAACUGGUUCCCCAGGCGGUCCUGGCGUUGGCGGUGGCAGCCCUGGAGGAGGGGGCAGUGGAGGUGGUGGCAGCAAUUUACCACCAUCAGCAAAAAAGUCAGGCCAGAAGCCAGUAUUGACUGAUGUUCAGGCAGAAUUGGAUAGAAUUUCACGAAAACCUGAAAUGGUCUCUCCCACAACACCUACAUCCCCCACAGAAGGUGAAGCUUCUUGAAGACACCAAAUAAAGCAAUUUAUUCAGUUUUCUGGGAUAAUUUAAACUUGCCUCUGCCUCUUCCUUCAGUGACUGGAACUAGACAGCUGAAACACUUUUUCAGAGAAGGACAAACAGUUGAUGUCUUGAUUUCAUGUGUUGCCCAGCUUUACAAAAGGGAGCUAAUACAGAUGGAAAACUAUACCACACCAUAUAGGAGUACUGUUCACGGUGCAACUUAAAGAAUUAACUAAUUCCCGGAUUUUGUUGAAAAGUUGGUGUAAUUGUGUAAAAUGGCACAUAUGUCCACUUAAUCAUAUAAUGUUAAAGGCUGCUUAAAGAGUUGGAAAAUGAUAUGUAGCAUGGGCACUU